AUGUCUAACAUUUCCAUAGCUUUGUCUCUAGCAGACAGCCAUUGCCAUAUUGGAAUAGAUUGCACUGAUUCCGAUAUCGAUGCUUUGGCAGACCAAUUCAAUAAUGGACUUGUAGACAAAGACGAUUUCUUCCAUAUCAUGACAACCUACCAUCUUGAUGUAGGUUUUGUUGAUCGACUUCUUUCACAACUAAAAAGUUCAGUAGUGGUUGCCUACUUUGGAGUCCAUCCUUGGUACAGUCACUUGUUUUCCACAGAAGAUCAUGGAGAUGUUGACUUGUUACAAUUGAAAAAAUUACAUUACAAUAAAGUCCUUGUACCAGCACCUAGCGAAGACUUGUUGCUGGUAUUACCAGUGCCGAUACUGCUAGAAGAACAUAUGACUAAGCUAGAGAGAUUGAUAGAGAUACACGGCCAUAAGUUCAAAUGUGGAAUUGGGGAGAUUGGCUUAGAUAAGCUAUUCAGAGUGCCGUCUAACGGCUACUUUGGCAGCCAGUUGGCACAAAACAACGGAGCUACCAAAUUGUCAUCUUGUAAGGUAUCUAUGGAACACCAGACAGCAGUUUUUGACAGACAAUUGCAAUUGGCAAACAAGUUAAAAAAACAUAUCUCAGUACAUUGCGUAAAAGCUCACGGACUAUUGUAUGAUAUUAUACCAAGAUAUACAAGCAUCUCAUCUGUAAUUCUUCACUCAUACAGUGGGUCUUCUGAUCAGGCCAAGAGGUGGAUAACUACUUAUAAGGGUAAGAAAUCAAAGUUAUUCUUUUCAUUCUCUAAUUGGAUCAAUGGAACAGACAAUAAAAGAUGCCUAUUAGAAGACAUAAUUGGUUAUGCGGAAGACAACCAGAUUCUCGUUGAGACAGAUGUUUCUGUAGAUGAUUAUCUUGUGAGAGGAAAGCAUGAAGAUUACUUUCUCCAUUUAGAAGGAAUAUUUGAAAAGGUUGGAACCAUUUUGGGCCGAGACCAAGAUGAGAUGGUGGAGUUGUUGAGAAGAAAUAUGUGCCGAUCUAUAGAGUAG